AUGAACAUUGCGCACUCCAUCCCGUCCGUCGUGCAGAGCGUCUCCUUCUCAUUCCUCACCGCCGAAGACAUCCGACGUAUCUCUGUCAAGCAGAUCAUCAACCCCAUCCUCCUUGAUGACUUGAACCGACCAAACAUAGGGGGACUAUAUGACCCCGCGCUUGGACCAAGCGAAAAGCAGGACAUAUGUACUACUUGUCGGCUGAACUACUUCACUUGCCCUGGCCAUUAUGGUCAUAUUGAGCUUCCUUCUCCCGUCUUUCAUCCCUUGUUCAUGACGAACAUGUACCAUGUUCUCCGAACGACAUGCCUCUUCUGUCAUAAAUUCAAAGUCGGUCCCACCACGCUCUGUGUAUAUGCGGGAAAGCUUCGGCUCGCUGAACAUGGCCUGUUGGUAGCGGCGAAAAGCCUCGACGAUCUUAUUCCUCAGAAGAAAAACAAGGGUAGCGCCCAGGCGGACGGGGACGAAGACGAAGAUGGGGUUAUCGAAUCAAGCGAAGACUUCGCGAAACGUGUAAAUGUGUAUGUCGAUCUCCAACUUGCGCGAGCCUCCAGUAGCAAGAGAGACGACUACAAGGAUGGACUAGUAUAUCAAGCUCGCAAGGACCUCAUCCAAGAAUUCAUCCGCAUAUCGCAGCUCAAAAAGUGUAUGAAUUGUGGCGCGCACGGAUAUACCUUCCGCAAAGAAGGACAUACUAAAAUCAUCGAGUACGACCUCACUCGUAAACAAAAGGAACAGAAUAUCGCAUCGGGAAGGCGCCGACCAGAUGUCCUCCAUUCCGUCUACCAUUCCUCCAACGCACACUUGAAGGAGACGACUGGAGACGACUCCGACGUGUCUAUGUCUGAUGCAGAGCCUGCGGGCGACCCCACGAUGUCCGACGAAGACCAGGAGAUGGCCAGCGUUGAAGACGAGAACCUGCACCAGAUUCCGACAGGACCUGCCAAAGCAGCCAAUGGGACCAUCAAAGGCAAACGUGGGCGCAACGAGCGAGUUAUGGCGCCAGAGGAGUGCCGUGCUCAUCUACGCCGGCUGUUCAGCAAUGAACCAAAGAUGUGCUCGCUGAUCUUUGGACGGCACGGACCAUUCUCGAAAUUCCGACCGGAUGGGCAUGCCACUGCGUCUGCGGAUAUUUUCUUCAUGGAUGCUAUCCCUGUCUCGCCAACUCGUUUCCGCCCACCAGCGAAGAUGGGAGACACCCUAUUCGAACAUGCACAGAAUCAGCUGCUGACGCGGGUUCUCAACACGUCAUACAAGCUACGGGAUUUGACUAGAGACUUGCGUGCUGCAUCUGUGAAGAGCGUUCAAUACGAUGAAGCGACUAGGCGGAGGAUACUCGGCGCGUUGUUAGACGCCUUGGUGCAACUUCAAGUAGACGUCAAUAGCUUCCUUGAUAGUAGCAAGAAUCCGCAGCCUGUACGACAAGGGCAAUUACCUCCCGCCGGUGUCAAGCAAGGCCUCGAGAAGAAGGAGGGCUUAUUUCGACAGCAUAUGAUGGGCAAGCGUGUAAAUUAUGCUGCACGAUCUGUUAUUUCUCCGGAUGUCAACAUCGAGCCGAACGAGAUAGGAAUCCCACCCGUGUUCGCUCGGAAGUUGACAUUUCCUGAGUCGGUCACCCCAGCGAAUGUGCACGAAAUGCGUCAACUCGUUAUCAAUGGUGCGAGGGCAUACCCUGGUGCUACGAUGGUCGAGUUCGAGGAUGGACAUCAGCAAUCGCUUGAUGUAAUGUCCGUCGAAGCACGGACUGCUCUCGCGAACCAACUGUUGAAACCCCCAGAAGGCGAGCGCAACAGCUCCAAGCAUGGUCUAUAUACUCGAACCACAGCUGCAAACAAGAAGGUUUACCGGCAUUUGCGAGACGGAGACGUGCUGAUUCUGAACCGCCAACCAACGCUGCAUAAACCGAGUAUGAUGGUGCACAAGGCCAGGGUUCUGCGAGGCGAGAAGACCAUACGAAUGCACUACGCGAAUUGCAAUUCGUACAAUGCCGAUUUCGAUGGCGACGAAAUGAACAUUCAUUUCCCCCAAAAUCAGGUUGCUCGUGCGGAGGCCAUGAUGAUUGCCAACACAGACAAUCAAUAUUUAGUGACUACAUCAGGUAAACCCUUGCGCGGUCUCAUCCAAGAUCAUGUUGUUGCCGGUGUGUGGAUGACGUCCAAGGAAGCGUUUUUCACGCGGGAGGAGUACUUCCAACUUCUCUACGGUGCUCUCCGUCCAGAAGAGGAGGGCGGGCAUAUCACCGGCCGUUUGGUGACUCUGCCACCCACGAUAUGGAAACCUAACGCGCUGUGGACAGGCAAACAGAUCAUUUCGACGGUGCUCCUGAACAUCACGCCGAGUAAUGCACGUGGACUCAACACAGAAUUCAAAGCCAAAGUACCGGGGUAUCUUUGGGGCAAGGAUUCGAUAGAGGAGGACAAGGUCGUCUUCGUAGAUGGCGAAUUACUUUGCGGCGUUCUGGACAAGUCUUCCUUCGGCGCAAGCGAAUACGGCAUGGUCCACUCCGUCUACGAACUUUACAGCUCUGAAGUCGCCGGACGGCUACUCGGUAUCCUCAGUAGACUGUUCACGAAGUUCUUGCAGCACCGGGCAUUCACCUGUCGAAUGGACGAUCUGACGCUCACUCCUACCGGUGACGCCAAGCGCAGGGAUAUCCUCCAGAAUGGGCGCAAUCUUGGGACGGAGGCCGCUAUGGAGAAUUUCCCCUCGCUCGUGCAGGUUCCUCCCGUGGACAAGCCCGGUGCUCUGGAAAGUCUACUCAGGGAAGUCCUGCGAGACGAUAGUAAAAUGGCUGGCCUUGAUGUCACGGUCAAGACGAAGUUGGCCACCCUCACAAAAGCGAUUGCGGAUGCGGUUAUGCCUCGCGGGCUAUCUCGCCAAUUCCCUCUCAACCAUAUGCAAACGAUGACCUUAUCAGGAGCCAAGGGUAGUGCCGUGAAUGCGCAGCAAAUUUCGUGUGCGCUGGGUCAGCAAGAGCUCGAAGGCCGUCGCGUUCCGGUGAUGAUCAGCGGGAAGACGCUACCUUCUUUCAAAGCUUUUGAAACCAAGGCCAUCGCCGGUGGUUACGUUGCUAGUCGUUUCUUGACCGGCAUCAAACCCCAGGAGUUCUAUUUCCAUUGCAUGGCAGGUCGGGAGGGUUUGAUCGAUACAGCAGUCAAGACAUCGCGGUCUGGUUAUUUGCAAAGAUGCCUGAUCAAGCAUUUGGAAGGCCUAAAGGUCCACUACGACUACACCGUUCGCGGUAGUGACGACUCCAUCUACCAGUUUCACUAUGGUGGUGACGCUCUUGAUGUCACGAAACAAAAGUAUCUCUACCAAUUCGACUUCACAUCGCGGAACGAGCUCUCCCUCAUUAAUAAGUAUCAACCUGGCCGAAUUAACCGUAUCGUCAACGACAGUGACGCUUUGGAAUACUCCAAGAAGAUUAUUAGAAAGUCUGCUCCGAAGCGUCACAAGUAUGCGCCUAUCUUGAGCAAAUUCAACCCUUCUCUAUAUCUUGGUGCGACCUCGGAGCGAUUCGCUGAGAGCGUCGAGAGCUAUCUCAAGUUCAAUCCUCACGGCCUACUCAAAUCAAGGACGACGGAGAAUGCCGUUGAACUCAGACGCCGUCACCCCCUGCUCACUAAGGAUCGGUUCCGUUUGCUCAUGAACGUGCAAUACAUGCGCGCCCUCGUCGAUCCCGGAGAAGCCGUCGGUUUAUUGGCAUCUCAAGGAGUCGGCGAGCCGUCCACCCAAAUGACGCUAAAUACGUUCCACUUCGCCGGCCACGGAGCAGCCAACGUUACACUUGGUAUUCCCCGCCUCCGAGAGAUCGUCAUGACGGCGUCCAAGCAACCGAAGACACCAUCCAUGAUAGUGCCAAUCCGGCCAGACGUUGGGGAUCGCGAACUCGAAACCUUCUGCAAGCAGGCCAACCGUCUAUCGCUAUCUCAAGUCAUCGAUGAAAUCACCGUCACGGAAAAGCUCGUCACGAAUGGGAAGGCUCGACGGAAAGAAUUCAAUAUUCGUCUGGCUUUCUUCCCCCGGGAAGAGUACGAGCGUGAAUACCAUGUCUCACCACCAGAGAUUCUAGCGGCGUUCGGCGCUCGCUUUGCUCUGAUACUGAAGAAAGAAAUUUUGACCGAGAUGAAGCGGCUUGACGCAGACUUGAAGGGUUUGAUGGCGGCGCUCGGCAAAGGAAAAGCCGUCAAAGACACCACCGGAGCGGACGCUGCUGAUAAUGAUGACGAUGUUGAUGAGGGAGCCAGGGGAGGCAAUAGGGGCGAAGACGAACGCAGUGAGAUUGGAGACGGAGACGCCGAGGAUGCCAAACAUGAACGGCAGAGGAAGGAGCAAUCCUCUUACGAAUCCGAUGGGGGCGACGACGACCUCGAUGACGACGUGGACUAUGGGGCUAAGGGGAUCGCGGAAGCUUAUGCGAAUGUCGACAAGGAGAUGGAGGCAGAAGAGUUAACGGAUGCUCAGCCUGUGGUAUUACAGGCGAAGAAGCUCGUGAACCAGUCUAGCGCUGUUCAGGACGAAUUCAAGCGUACUCUGAAGUUCGCAAAAUCCCUGAAGUUUGAUGACAGUGGAUGUUCGCUCGAACUAGAGUUUGAAGAGGAUAUGCCGAAGCUUCUACUUGUCGGUGUUGUUGAACGCACGUGUGCAAAAACGAUUGUACGGGAAAUUCCGGGGAUAACAGAAUGUUUCAAGGGGACGGAUGCAAAAAAGAGAGCACAAAUCACGACUAACGGCUCUAAUUUCCGAGGAGUAUGGGAGUUCUCUGCCUUGUCCGAGGUGUCGAUCAUCGAUCAUGACGGAAUAUAUUCGAAUGAUAUAUACGGAUUCUUGAUGACUUACGGCGUCGAGGCUGCCCGAUCUGCCAUAUUAAGAGAAAUAUCAGGGGUCUUCGAUGCCUAUAAGAUCGACGUCGAUGGGCGUCACCUGGAAUUGAUCGCUGACUACAUGACGUUUGAUGGCGGAUAUAAGCCUUUCAACCGCAAAGGCAUAUCGACACACAGUUCGCCGCUAAUGAAGGCAUCUUACGAGACCACUGCUGCCUUUCUCUCGGAUGCCACCCUGUAUGGAGAUUUCGAUACUUUGACAUCCCCGUCAGGCAAUAUCGUCCUUGGCAAGCCGAGCACAACCGGAACAGGGUCAUUCGAUGUUAUUAUGCCUGUCACCGUAUCAUAAUGUUGUUGCUAUCAUCAUCC